CCUCGAGCUAGUUUGGUUCUUCUGGGCUUCCGUAGCCAAGUGAGUCACGUGCUGCGUCACAACAACAAUACGGAAGUCCGGGUUAAAGAUUUAAGGGAUGAGCAGGGUUUUCUUUCUCUACCGGCUGAAAAGAUGAGAAAUUUCGCCGUUGUUUUGUUUUUUCUCUGUCGCUGUUGCACAGCGGGACAAAAGGAGCCGAUUCAAACGUUUGUGAUCCCUCACAGUCACAUGGAUGUCGGCUGGGUGUACACAAUUCAGGAGAGCAUGCACGCCUAUGCAGCCAACGUGUACACCAGUGUGACCGAGGAGCUGUCAAAGGCCGCAGGCCGCAGGUUCAUCGCUGUGGAGCAGGAGUUCUUUCGACUGUGGUGGGAUACCGUGGCCACAGGCGCUCACAAGAAACAAGUACGACGGCACGUGAAAGAGGGUCGGCUUGAGUUCGUCCUCGGGGGCCAAGUGAUUCACGACGAGGCUGUGACCGACCUCGACGACCAGAUCCUGCAAAUGGCAGAGGGACACGGUUUCCUCUACGAGACGUUCGGGGUGCGCCCUCGGUUCUCCUGGCACGUGGAUCCAUUCGGAGCCUCUGCGACCACGCCGGUCCUCUUCGCCCUGGCCGGGUUCAACGCCCACCUCGUCUCCCGCAUCGACUACGACCGCAAAGACGCCAUGCAGAGAGACAAGAGACUUCAGUUUGUAUGGAGAGGUUCUCCCUCUCUGAAAGAGAAGCAGCAGAUCUUCACUCACACGAUGGACCAGUUCAGCUACUGCACCCCAUCUCACCUGCCGUUCUCCAACAGCUCUGGAUUCUACUGGAAUGGAGUUGCCUUGUUCCCCGAUCCCCCUAAAGACGGAGUUUACCCCAACAUGAGCCUCCCCGUCACCGAGGAGACGGUGCGCGCGUACGCCAAGACGAUGGUGGAGAACAUCAAGCUGAGGGCGGCUUGGUUUAGGACGAACCAUGUGCUUUGGCCAUGGGGCUGCGACAAACAGUUCUACAACUCCUCCGUCCAGUUCAACAACAUGGAUCCUCUGAUGAAGUACAUUAACCAGAACAGCAAAGAUUUGGGCGUGACAGUCCAGUACGCCACUCUCGGCGAAUACUUCCAGGCCAUCUACCAAUCGGAUGUAGUCUGGGAGCCCCGUGGGAGUGAAGAUUUCUUACCAUAUUCCACUGAGCCGCACCAGGCCUGGACGGGGUUCUACGCCUCCAGAAAUGUUCUGAAAGGAGCGGCACGCCAGGCCAGCUCGCGGCUGCACGCGGCCGAGUCGCUCUUCGCCCGCUACCGAGUCGGCUCCCCCGACGGACCCGUCCCGAAAGACUGGGCGCUGGGAAGGCUGAGGGCGCUUCGCUGGGCCGUCUCAGAGGUCCAGCACCACGACGGCAUCACCGGCACCGAGUCUCCAAAGGUGGCCGACAUGUACCUGCAGCAUCUGGCGCAGGCCGCGGCUGGAGUGGAUGAGCUUCUGGCUGCGCUCGUGCUGCUGCCGCCGCACAACCUCGAAUUACCCAGCGUCCCCGGCGCCCGCCGCCGCGGCGAAGGUGUUCGCCAGCCCCUGGAGCAGCAUGUCAUCAUUUACAACCCGUUGGCGUGGAACGCCACCGCCGUGGUCAACGUCACCGUAUCCUUCCCCGCCGCAGCCGUCUUCGAUAAUGAGGGGAAACCAGUGCUGGCGCAGAUCCAGAGGUCGGCACAGUCCAAUGUGACCUACGACCUUUUCAUCGUGGCGGAACUUGGAGGCCUUCAGCAUCGGAGAUACCUGAUCAAGUUCUCCGAGCAGAAAUGCUCCGGGGGGGAGUGCGACUGGACUCACGAAGCGGAAGGCGUUGCAUUUGAGCGACUCAACGCCCGGGAGCGGCGGAGAACCGGGAGGAGGCUCCUGCCCGUGAUGAACGAGUGCUACGAGCUGAUGUUUGACCAGGACACAAACCUACUGCACAGCAUCACUCAUCUUCAAGACAAACGGCGAGUCAGGGUGACUCAGGAUUUCUGGGUGUACCACGCAAACGGAGACGUCCACGCGGGGCCCAUCUCGGACAACUACGUCUUCAGCGCCAACGGUUCGGCCGCGCGGGCGUACGCCGCCGUGGAGAUGGAGAUCAUCCCCGGGAGGGUCGUGACCGAGAUCAGGCAGCGCUUCUAUCGAGAGGAAGGAGACCAGGACUACACCUACUCCAUCACCACCCGCGUCCCAGAAUGCUUCGGGACGAGGCGGCCGUGUCACCGGCUGGAGCAGAGCUGUUCGCUGGGCCCCCUCCCCCUCAACGCGGAGGUGGUGCUCCGGACCAGCUCCUCCCUGAGGAGCAACCGGACCCUGUACGCGGACGCCAACGGCUACCAGAUGAUGAAGAGGACACACAGGAAGUUCACUAAUAACACUCUAGCAAGGAACUACUUCCCCAUGGUGCGGGCCGCCUACAUCCAGGACGACCUCAGCAGACUGGCGCUGUUCAGCGACCGAGCCCACGGCGUUUCCUGCCUGGCCGACGGACAACUCGAGGUCAUGCUCCACCGCCGUCUCCGGAACAACUUGCCCUGGAACCUCGGCUACAACCUGACGCUCGACGACAGCUCGGCGGCGACGCCCACCCUGUGGAUGACACUGGGCUCCACCGGAGUGGCCCCCCAGCUCGGCCAGAGGGACGCCGUGGAGGUGCAGCACAGACCCGUCGUCGUGCCCAUCGACCGGCCCGAGAGCUCCUGGCAGGAGAAGGAAGCCAGAGGAGGUGCUCCUCAGGCGCGUUCGGUGGUCCUGCCGCCCAACCUCCACCUGCUCAGCCUCAGCGUCCCCGGAUGGAACUACAGCUCCGAUCAUGACGCUCACCUGAGACACGUAAACUCAGGUGAGGAUUUGCCCUCGGAGCCGGACUACGAUCGGGUCCUGCUGAGGAUCAUGCACCUCUUUGAGGAGGGAGAAGACCCUGAGCUUUCCAAGCCAGUCGCCAUAAACCUGAAGGAUGCUCUGCAGGGCAUAGGGGAAGUCAAAAAGCUGGAGGAGCGUUCUCUUACAGGAACCUGGGACAUCAGCCGCCUGCAGAGGUGGAAGUGGAAGACGGCGGACGACUUGAAAACCAACUCCGAAAGCUGCCGCCGUGGCGGAGAGGAGGCGUUCACCGUGACCAUCUGCGCCAAAGAGAUCAGGACCUUCUUCGUCCACUUUGCCUCCGGGAACUUUUAGGCUUAAACCGUCUUCUGUGAAGACCGCAAAUAGUUUGUUGUUACAAAUGUGAUCUUUUGCUACACUUUUAAUUAAUAUUACUUUUUGCACAUUGUGUUCAUUUGUUGCAAGGCACUGAUGCACUGAAUAAAGUGAUGCUUUUUUUUUCUCCAUAUUUGUUCAAAUGUAUGACUAUCACUGGCCAACGAUCAACACGGUAAAGUCCCUCUGAUAUGGGCAAUUUACAAAUUGUAGAUGAAAAAUGUAUACUUGGUGUAUAAAGGAAUAAAUACUACACAGAA